GAGCCGCUCUAUCUCGCGGUGGUUUCUCGCUGUGCAGAGGCCGCGCGCUGUGUGUCGGUACCGGGAAGAUGGCGGUGAGGGGAGCUCUGCGCACCGAGCUGGCGGAGGCCGUGUCCAGCUGCCGGCUGCUCAUUGUGGGGGCCGGAGGCAUCGGCUGCGAGUUACUGAAAAACCUGGUCCUCACCGGAUUCACCAACCUCUACGUGAUUGACCUGGACACGAUUGAUGUUAGCAACCUGAACAGGCAAUUUUUGUUUCAGAAGAAGCAUGUUGGGAGAUCUAAAGCUGAGGUGGCAAAGGAAAGUGUUCUGCAGUUCUGCCCCGAAGCCAACAUUACUGCAUGUCAUGACAGUGUCAUGAGCCCUGAUUACGACGUGGAAUUCUUCAGGCAGUUCACAUUGGUCAUGAAUGCCUUGGACAACCAAGCUGCCAGAAACCACGUGAACAGGAUGUGUCUUGCUGCAGAUAUUCCCCUGAUUGAGAGUGGGACUGCUGGCUACCUCGGCCAGGUCACUGUAAUUAAGAAGGGAGUCACGGAGUGCUACGAAUGCCAACCUAAACCCACCCAGAAGACAUUCCCAGGAUGCACCAUUCGCAACACACCAUCUGAGCCUAUUCACUGUAUUGUAUGGGCCAAAUAUCUGUUCAACCAGUUAUUUGGGGAAGAAGAUGCAGAUCAGGAAGUGUCCCCUGAUACCGCUGACCCGGAAGCAGCCUGGGACCCAACAGAUGCCGCUGCAAGAGCCAACGCAUCAAAUGUGGAUGGUGAUAUAAAGAGGGUUUCAACCAAACAAUGGGCAAGAUCAACUGGCUACGACCCUGUAAAAUUAUUCCACAAGCUCUUCAAAGACGACAUCCGAUAUCUACUGACAAUGGACAAACUUUGGAAGAAAAGGAAGCCUCCUGUUCCAUUGGACUGGGCCUCAUUACAGGAUAAAGAAAACAAUUCGUCAGAAGAGCACAAUGAAACGACUCCACUCGGACUGAAGGAUCAGCAAGUUCUAGAUGUGUGCAGCUACGCUCAGUUGUUUUCUCAAAGUGUUCAAACCUUAAAAGAACAAAUCUCUCAAAAGGGGGACAAUGCGUCCCUUGUGUGGGAUAAGGACGACGCCCCAGCCAUGGAUUUUGUCACAUCCGCUGCUAACCUCCGAAUGCAUAUCUUCAGUAUGAACAUGAAAAGCAGAUUUGAUAUAAAAUCAAUGGCAGGAAACAUCAUCCCUGCAAUUGCCACCACCAAUGCUGUGAUAGCAGGUCUGAUUGUAUUGGAAGGUUUGAAGAUUUUAUCUGGUAACAUCGAGCAAUGUAGAACUGUUUUCUUGAACAAACAACCAAACCCACGGAAGAAGCUUCUCGUCCCUUGUUCACUGGAUCCACCAAACUCCAGUUGUUACGUGUGCGCCAGCAGACCAGAAGUGACUGUGAAGUUAAACGUUCAUAAAGUGACUGUGCAGACAUUACAGGAUAGGAUUGUAAAAGAGAAGUUUGGGAUGGUGGCACCAGACGUUCAAAUUGAAGACGGCAAAGGAACCAUCCUAAUCUCGUCCGAGCAAGGGGAAACUGAUGCAAACAACAAUAAAUAUAUAUCAGAAUUUGGCAUUCGGAAUGGCAGCCGGCUGCAAGCUGAUGAUUUUCUUCAGGACUACACUCUCCUGAUCAACGUUUUACAUAGGGAAGACUUGGGGAAGGAUGUGGAGUUUGAAGUUGUAGGAGAUGCCCCUGACAAAGCUCCUCCAAAACCCACAGAGGAAAGUGCUAAAAGCAUCACCAACGGAAGCGAUGAUGGGGCGCAGCCUUCCACAUCCACAGCUCAUGAUCAUGAUGACGUGUUAAUUUUGGACUCUGAUGAAGAAAGCCCAUCCUCCAGUAAUGCUGAUGUCAACAUGGAGAGCACAAGCGUAAAACGGAAGCUAUCCGACGAUGGGGCUGUCAGCGCCAAAAGGAAGCGCUUGGAGCCACAAGAAGAACUGGACGAUGAUAUAAUUGCCCUUGACUAAGAAGUGUUCCUUUAGCAGGCUGAACUUUUUUUAUUACGUCAUUUGACUUUUAUUAGGGUGUGUUAAAUAUCGAGAGCUAGACGCCAGGCCCUGAGGGACUGAAUCUACCUAUGCCAGUGACCUGUUUCCACAUUUUCUGUGAAUUUAGUAAGCCCAGAUUUAUUUAUGUUUCGUACAACCUCAUGCUGCAUUACAUACAGCUGCAUCGCUUACAUUGUUUUGUUUAAAUGUGUUUUGUGGUUUAGCAAGAACAACUGUGGUAUAUCAAAGGUUUUCUUGGGGAUUGUUUUUUGACUCCAAUAUUUAUGUCUUAUUUUGUUACAUUUUUUUAUUUUAGAAUAGAAGGAUACGGCUAGCGCUAAAUGUUUCUCACACCCUAAGCCAACUCUGAAACAGUUAUCAUUUUACACAAGUGCCAUGACGAACCCUUUUUGUGGAUGCUGGGGCCUAUAAUCCUAACAUUUCUAGUAGUUUUGUGGCCUGGUCAGCAAACAAACGAGACAUCUGCAGGCGCUGUGUACGUUAUUGUAAAACAGUUCAUUUCUCUGUUAUUUUUCAGCUUGUACUGCCUGAUUAUGUCUGCGCUGAGCAUAUUUUGUGCAUUGUUUCCAGGUUAUUUAUAUUUGGUGUUUUGUAAACCUAAAAUACAGCUUCCACACUGUACCACCUUAAUGGACCAAAUAAAUGCCAUCUUGUUGAUGGUAGCCUGCAACAUAUGUUCUGAGGACCAACCAACAUUUAGCUCAUCUUGGAAGGACGUGCACCAAAAUAAACAGGGAAUCUAUGAUUUUCAUCACCAAGUCAAUAAAAAAAAAACAUGUUUUCUACCCAAUUUUCAUUCUUGAAAGUGCAAAACAAAAAGGGUAUUUCAAAGUAUACUAUAAUUCGCUUCCAGGAGAAAUUGCUAUUAAAUUUAUAUUUUUGUAACUCUACAAUGUGGUAAUCAAUAGUGUAGUUUUGUUUAUUAUUGCAUUAAACCUACCUUUCGUGUUGUAGAUAUUGGUACACAUGAAAAUUGACUGUACGGUAAAGAAACAUCCAUAGGAAGCUUGGUAAUCACUGUGUAUUUACUACAAUUGCCCUAAAUAGUAUUGGAUGCAGAAUGCUGUGACCCAGAGGAAAGGGAAUGGGUGUAGAUAGACUGGUUAGCACUGCAAUCACAUACUAAGGUGUGACUUCAUGUUUCUUGAGACUAUUCACUGUUAGUCAUCUGAAAUUGUUGUUACCAGACAGAUUUCCCAGAUAUUGGUAUAUAUAUAUACUUUGUUUUUUCAUUUGGUAGCUAAAUGUCAGUUCUCACAUUGCCUUGAGACACUCGUUAAUGGCACCAGUACAAGCUCAUUGGUGUAAGGUGUUAUGAUCACAUUUAGUUUUCUGGAUGUUAAAGGGAGACUCUAAGCACCAAAACGACUUUAACUAAAGUGCUUUUGGUGCAUAAAUCUUACCUUUGCAGUCUAACUGCUUCCCUGGCUGAGACUGACACAACCUCCCUAUAUACAUCUUGAAAAAGUCUAAACUUUUUGUUUCCAUUAUUUCUUGUCUC